AUGUGCGUUGAUGUAUGGCUGAUUGUGUUAAGUGAAACUGUUAACCAAGCUGAAUGGUUCACAGAAAAUCAAUAUGCUGGUGCUAUAGAUGAUACAAGAGAUUCGAUAACUACACCCAGUUUCCCCGGUACACCACUGCUAGACAGCGUCUCUACUUCUACCCCACGAUCUACUGGCCUCACAAAUGCGUCUCCAGCCUACACUCCGGGCAGUAAAACUGUCGGAGCUGGUUUGGCUUCGGCAAGGAAAGUUGGAGAUGAACAGUUACAGUUGCUUUAUCAACAACUUGACGACAGAGAUGAUGAAAUAACUAAACAGGCUGAGACAAUAUCGCGUCUUCACCAGCAAAUUGAAGAGCAAGACGUGGUGAACAAUUCUUUGCGUUUAGAACGUGAGGGACAAUUAAAAGAAAUUACAACUCUUCAGGCUGAAUACCAGUCGAGCAAAGAUGAAAUGAAGGAAGUCCUGCAAGCCUUAGAAGAAUUAGCAAUAAAUUAUGACCAAAAGGCUCAAGAGGUUGAUGCAAAAGCGAAAGAACUUGAAGAGACUCAAGAGUCCUUGCUAGAACAAACCCGUUUAAUGCAUAGUAAAGACGGUGAAUUGUUGCAGUUGAAGGAUACGCAUCAAAAUCAGAAGAAGAAAUAUACUGAAAUGAUGUCUAGCCUAUUGAAGGAUCUAAUUGAUGUUGGUGAAUGCUUGAAUGAUCAAAUCACGAAACCAUCUGUUAGUUCUGAACGAUUAGAUGAAGAGUUUGCUUUUGUUCGUUUGUAUAUAAGUAAGAUGAAAAGUGAGGCGAAAUCACUGCACUCACGUGUACGUCAAUUGGAAGAGGAACGUGUACAGCAUGUACAGUUAUUGCGUAAGAGCGAUGAUAAAUGUAAAGAUCUUCGAACACGACUUCAUGCUUCUGAAGUGAAAGUUGGCACCCUAAGCGAUAAAAUUGACGAGUCAGAAUCACGUAAGCGUCAAUUGCAGGAGACAGUGGAUAGCUUAAAUGCGGAGUUGGCAAAACUACGCGCUAAUGAACAAUUCAUCACCGGAUCUGGUCAACAAAAUGCACAAAUAAUAGCUGACCAAUCAGCGUUACGAGCAAAAUUAGAUGAAGAGUUUAAACGACAAUCAGAGUAUUAUGCAGCACAGAUGAAAUCUCUACGUGAUGAAUUAGACGAGAAACAGAAGAAGUUGGAAGAAUACAAGGAUGAAGCCAAUAAUUUCAAAUUCCAAUCCGAGAAAUCACAAGAGGAGGUGAAACAGUUACGUGAAGAAUUGGAGACAAAAACUAGACGGCUAGACACAUUUGAGAAGACAGCUGAGAAACGUGAACAGGCUAAAGAAGAUCUACGUGGUUUGGAAGAGACAGUCAUCAUAGAAUUGCACAGACUACACAAAUUACGACGAUUAUUCAUUCAGUAUCUUAGUAGACGAGCUAAAAAGUCUGCAAAUUGUGUGAAUGCAAUGGCAGCGGCUGAAAAAGCUACAGGUAACCAGCAAGGCGGUAAUAUGGCCACUCAACAACAACAAAUCUCCGAAAUUAUAUUCAUGGAAGAUGAUGAUGACGAUGAACCAGGUCUAGCUGGUUCAUCGGCUCAAAGAGAGAAAAUUGCCUUCCUUGAAGGCAAUCUUGAAAAAAUAACUAAAUUGCAUAAACAACUUGCACAUGACAAUGCAGAGCUACGUUGUCAACUUUCCAAAACGGAAAAACGUCUUGAGUGUACUCAGGAGCGUGUACGCAGCUUAGAGGUAUCAUUGAAAGAGGCUAAGGAAGGAGCUAUGCGAGAUCGUAAACGUUAUCUAGUUGAAGUAGAACGUAUUAAAGAGGUUGUCCGUCAACGGAAUAUCACUGGACAUCGUGGUCAAUCACAAAUCGCUAAACCUAUACGUGCUGGACAUGCACCAGUGUCCACUGCUGGCGAUGGUCGGACAGCAGUGACACGACCAGAUAUUCCAAAAUUGUCAUGA